AAACAUGGCGGACUAGUAACCGCACGGGAUCCGCUACCCGUUCCUUUUCUUCGAUACGUUGUGGCUUGCUUGCUCAAGACAACGGGAUGCUAUCGAACAGGUUGAACAUGUAACUCUGGACUUGGAAGUUCCCAGCUAAGGACGUCACUUUGUGGUUAAAAUGUUUCGUCGGUCGAGAUUCAGUAUUCGCCCCAAUGUCGGCACGGUCGGGAGAACGACAGCAGGAACGCCUCAAGAACCCCAGGCAGCAAGCCAGGAGACAAGUCAGACACAAAAGGAACCAAACGAGAGCCAUAUCGCUUCUCUAGCAAGCAACUCUGACGUGACCCCAUCAGAAAAUGCUCCCGGUGCAGGUGACGGCAUUGACCAGAGCGGGGACGGCGCCAGCUCCUCAGCAUCAGUCCAGAGACGGAAGCGCUUCUCCAUUAAGCCCAGGGUGGCUCCUGGACGGCCUCCGUCCAUCUCCCGGACACCAAAAUCCCCGUCAAGGCUGUCAGUUCGCCUUCAGGUGGCCGUAUGUGGGUCAGAUCUAGAGAAGCCGUCGACAUUUAGUCAGCCAGCGAAAACGGCAGCCCCUCGAGGACUCCAGUCCCCGAGGCGAAGAAGACUCUCUGAAGAAGCAAAGCAGCACAAAUCACAACCAAAAGUUGACCCCGUCUCCUCUGAGAAACCAGGACCUUCGUCUGAUUUGCCCUCAGAGGACUCGCCAAAGCCAACCCAUCUGCCAGCAGACCGCAACAAACCAGUGGAAAACACUUCAACCGGUCAGGCCAAGGAAGUUCAUUCAAGAGCACACGACAGAGUGCCGCCUUCCAUACCAGAUAAGGAAGCUACAGAAAUAUCAGAGAAAGCAAAGACUCUCAUAUCAUCAAAAAAUGUAACUUCAAUGACCCCAUCAGCGAUGUCCCUGAGCAGACUCCUGAAUGACCCAUCAGACGUACAGAGGAUGUUAAAGACUCAGAGGCUGAGAGAGCUGCUGAGGCAGGAGCGCUGCAAAGAAACGAACCUCAAAAGAGCUAAAGGACGUCGAAAGGAGUUCAUUUUAGACCCAACAAAAAUGACCAUGAGAGACCUCAUCCAUUACCUUCCUACGUCCAAUCCCAUGAGAUCCAGUUUGGAAGAACACAACGAGGAGAACGAGACGGUGAUCCCACCUUCGCCAAGAAGAGACGGAUCAACGGAGCGACCUCCGAUACCUGAGGUCAUCCCUGCCAAAGUGAAUACCAGAGAAGAGGAGGAGGAAGAAGAUGCUGCGGCAGAGGAAGACCAGGAGGAAUCUCUCAUGGUUCCUCAGCUCAAAGUAGCAGAAGACGGCUCGCUGAUCAUUGAUGAAGAGAGCUUGACGGUGGAAGUCCAGCGAGCCAAAGGGCCGAACCCAGCAUCCGACAGAGACCCCAUCUUUGAGAGAGGCUCCACGACAACUUACUCAAGCUUCAGGAAAUCUAAUUACUCCAAACCCUGGUCGAUUGAAGAGACUGACAUGUUCUACCUGGCAGUCAGCAUGGUGGGGACAGACUUCUCCAUGAUUUGCCAACUGUUUCCACACAGAGCUCGAUCAGAAAUAAAAAACAAGUUCAAAAAAGAAGAGCGAGAAAACUCCUGGAGGAUUGACAAAGCUUUUAGAGAGAGGCGGAAACUGGAUAUUGAAUACUUUUCUAAGCUGCUGGAGAAAAUUAUGGAGUUUCAGAGAGAGAAGAAGAAACUCAAGUCACUUGUUGGGAAGAACAACAAAAGGAAAGCCAGAACGAGGCCAAAGGGCAAGAAACCGGCAAAGCGUCUGAGUGACGUGGAGGAAGAAGAGGAGGACGACGAAAUUCCCGACUUGGAGGAAGAGCAGGAGAAAGAGAACGAGGACCAGCGCAACGAAGGGGAAACUCCUGCUUCUGAGCCGAAGAGGAAACGCAAAAAGAAAAACGCGGAGGCCUUGCCUGAGGAAAUGAAUGAGAAGAAAAGCAAAACAGGUGAAGUACCCGAAGACUCGGAGCCGGCACUUCCCGAGAGCCACACCGAUUCAGAAAUGUCUCCGAACAUAAACGCAACGAAGGAUCCGGUUAUCAAGCCAGCCAAGCUCUCACGAGCCAGAGCACCAAAACCACUCCUGCCUUUGGGUCUGAAGCGAGGCAAAAAGAGAAAAAGUGAAGAAACCCAGUCAGAUCAAGGGGAUAAGAAUGCAAGUGAAGAAGAACAGGUGAAUAAAAAUGGAUCAAAUGCUAGUAGGGAAAAGUUUUCUGGCGAUGACAUUUCUUCUGAAGAGGAAGAGGAAACGGUAAAGCAUCAAGGACCCACCAGAUAUGGAAGAAUUCCCAAACCCAAUCUGGUCUUUGCUUAUCCUAGCAAAGAUGAAUUACAUUCCUCAGAAGCUGAAACUUCUUCAGCCUCAAAGUCCAAACCCAAAGGUGCUCUGAAAAGAGGCAAAUCACUGAAACCGCAAUCAGAGCAAAAACCCAAGAAAUCCAAACUAGUUACUCUCAGAUCCUCCAAGCCAGACUUCAGCGACGAUGAGGACGAAGAUGAAGAAGAUGCAGGUUGCAGCUCCGGUCAAGGCAUCGUGUCUUCUGGCCUGCACGCACUGAAUGCCGUGAUUUCAGAAGUGGAAGACCCUAUGGCCGAGCUUGAUAUCUUGGCCAGUAUGCCCGAUAUGCUCGGCAUCUCCCAAGAUGCACUGUGUCCUGACUCAUCUUGCCAUCAGACACAAUAUGAGACAAGCACUGCUGAAGCAUGUGAUCAUCAGUUGGACCUGCUGGUUGAUGUUAUCGACAUCAUUACAUCAGAACAAACAGAAUUUUCUCAGGAUGACAGCUAUAACGAGGCGGCUCAAACCCUCUUGACCAUCGGCAAGGUUAGUCACGUCUCCAUGUCAACACAGGGAGAAGUGACUACACAAGACUCAACAUCAGGAGUAGCAACGGAUGGGAAUGAAUCAGACCACUUCAAUGAACAAAUUGUGGUUGAUGCACAACCGCAAAGUGCUCAGACAGGUGGAGAAAUUUCAGAAACUGUUGCCGAUGUGGACCCAGGAAACCUAGAAAUGAAGCAUAGCGACACAUCUCAUGUUAAAACCAUUGACCCAAUAGGUGACGAGCUAAAGACUGCACAGAGCUCAAAUAGCAAUUCCCCAUCAACAAAGGUGCCGCACUUUUCUAAAGUGAAGCCAAACCUUGGGCAAUCGUCAAGGACUGCACCUCCAACAAUCCAAGCCGAGAGUUCCAAAAAAAAGGAGGUUGAAGAGAGGCGCUCGGUUGGUGCUGCUGAAGCGUCCCCAAAGAAAGCAGACUCUGAUGAAGCAUUGUUAGAAGAUGGUGAUUCUCUUAAGGAAGUUCAACUAACAGAAGAGAAAUCUGGGAAUUCCUUGAUCACGCAAAGUUUGUCCAUGUCUUUAUCCCAGGCUGAAUCUAAUGCGACUGAGGUUGCUAGAGGUUCAAACUCACCCAAUCGUAAAGAUGUAAGUGUUGCACCUCAUGACAGAACUGUUGAGUCUGAUUUAAGCAGCUCUUUGGAAUGCAAGUCAGAAUUCACACCUAUUGUACCAGAGCCAUGCACCCCUUCAGACUCAGUCCAAGACAGAAGCAGCAAACAUCCUCCUGCUGAAAAAGAUUUACCUGCCAAUCAAAAGAGUAUGGGUGUGUCAGUACCUAGAAGGAGUAGAUUGUCAAAAAUCAAACCCAACCUUCCACAGAUGUCAAGAACUGCAAUAAAUAAAUCUCAGAUCAGCAAAGAGACCGAAAAGACCGACCCGCUUACUAACACAGAAUCCAAAAUGCAAACCAUACUGGAUGUGGGAACCCAAUCUACUAGUUUCUUGUCAAGAAAUGUUGAUGUGUCCCCUCAUGCAGAACCUCAGAAUACGCUUAAGGUUCUUUCUAGUCCACAAACACAAGCUGAAUAUAAAUCUAAUGUAGAAUUAGCUGCGGCCCCAGCUAAUUGUAGUCCUGCUACUUCAAUCUCUCCUAUAGAAAACAAACCAGCUAAUAAACAAGAGAGUAACGUUACAUCUGCUCAGUUGAGAAGGAGCCAUUUGCAGAAGGUUAAACUCAAACCAAAUCUAACUCAGACUUCAAGAGUUAGGCUAACUAAACCUCAAGCCACAGAAGACACAGCAAUGAAAAGUUCCAUAGAGUUGACACAGAUUCACUUGGAAGACAAUGACUGUGCUUCAAGGUUGAACCGAAUACAGGCUUCAGACUCCAUUCAUGAAUCGACAAUAAAGCAAGUUACAAACAAACCUGCAUCUACUGAGAUUGUUAUUCACGAUGACAUGGAACAUCGUCCCGUUGACCAAGGUCAAAAGCAAACCAGCUUCAAAUCAUGUUCAACUUUCAGGUCCACGGAAAAAGCUUUGAAUUCUCUGGAUGAAACAAGUGAAAUUAGUUGCAGCGGUGCGAUGACGUCACAUGGUAGUCGAACAAACUUUGACCAAGACCAACGCGCUCAACCUGCUGUGUCUGUAAGAGCUGAGGAAGAGCCAGCCGUCUGCAAACCUGGCGGGGGAAAUGCAACUUCUGAAAAGCCAAGGCAAAAUCGAUUAUCCAAAAUCAGACUUAGACCAAACAUUUCACAAGCAUCAAGAGCUUCGAAGCUGAAACCUCGAACAUCAGAAAGCCAGUCAGAGAAGCACGCAAAUUCUGAACCGGAUCCAGAUCCAACGUCUUCGGACAAACAAAGUGAAAAUAAUCCUGUGAUGGAGUUAACUCCACCUCUUACCUCUGAGUCUUCAGAAAUGAAAAAGACACUUUCUGAAGCAAAGAAACAAAACUUCAAUGUCAACCCUGAGCUUAUUAACCAAGAGUCAACAUCCAGUGAAAAAAUCGUAGGUGCAACAUUUUCAACCUUUAGCAAUAAUAGCCCAACUGUUAAAGAAACACAAGUUGGUCAAGGGCCAAACCUGAAUUCAGGAGCAGAUCUAGAAAGAAGCGACCUUUCAGCUUGCUUUGCACCCUAUAAAGAGUUGCAAGUCAAUCAUAAGGAGGAUAAAGUGCCAUCUGCUCAGCUGGUCAAAAGGAGUCGAUCACAAAAACCUAAACCAAAUUUAUCACAGAGCUCAAGACCUGUGAGGUCCAAAGCCGAUGACAAAUCUGAAGUCCAACUCCAACUUGGUGCACAGCAGACAAUCACAGAGAAAGAGAAGUACUCUAAGUUCACAGAUGCAAACCUGACAGCUCAAGGUGGACCAAGUGAGAGCAUAAAUGUUUCACAAACAGUUAAAUCAGCAAUGACCAGCAAUUCAAAGAUGGGCAGCUCAGCCCGAGAUCAGACGGAACCUUGUGCUGCAUCUGCUAGUGAUCAAAAGGAUGACAAAUCAAACACAGAAAACUCAACAACUACGCAGGCUGUAAGAAGAGCUCUAAACCCAGCCUCUGAGCAAAAUAGACAAACUGAGGAAAAAGUACAAGCAAAUGUGGAAGUUUCAAGUCCAGCUGUCACAGAAAAACCACCGCCUCAACGAAGGCAGCGGUUUUCCAAAGUCAAGCCCAAUUUAGAAAAAAUUGGGCUUGCAGUCAGAAAGCUUCAGUCAGGUGAUCACAGUAGACCUCUUGAAGACCAGAGUAAAGGGAUGUCAUCUGUUGCAUUAGAGCAACCGCUGGACAAAAUGUCAGAUAAAGACUCAGCAAACAACGACUACCUUUCAUCUGGAGAUUCCAACUUGGCUAUUAAACCGAAACCCAACCUGCGCUGCAGCGGACGUCUUCAGCAGACCCAGCCAGCUGAAGAAGCAAAUACAACAAAAACAGCUUUUGGUGCCUCUAAAGAAAUCAAGAAAGCGGACACCCAUGAUCCAGAAAAAGGAGUCAACAAGAAACCAGGAGAAAAAGACUCGAGUUCAAUUGAUUCUCAUUCCUCUCUUAGUUGUGUUAAACCACAAUCUUCUUGUGGGCAUAAAACAUCAAGCGCCGAGGCGAUUCAGAGAGAUCCGCUCCUGUCACAGAUACUGCCAGAGCAAGUGCCUUCAGAUCCAGAUGAGCCCUUUUUCAUCCUCUCCCUGACGGAGAUCCCGGUCCCCUCAGCAGGGGAAGUGGGAGCGAGUGGAGCCCAGAACCUCUCUUAUCUUCCCGCAACAGGCGCAUCGGGUCGGCAGCCGAGUGUUUCUGAGGUGAGUUUGACAGCAGAAGAAAACCAUCCAGAAGUUCCUGCUGAACCUAAAGUCUUCAAGAACUCCAUCGCUGAGCCGAAUGAGAAAGCCGGUGAUGAUUUAGGCGACAAGGAAACUCAUCUCGACAGGAAAGCCAAAGUUUCCGAAGCAAGCGUUUCUGAAACGAGGAGCUCCAAAUGUACAAAAGCAGCAAGCAGGCGAAGUCAGAAGAAAACUCCCACCAAAGCCGAACAGACGUCUUCAAAACCAACAUCCUCCGCAUCAAAUUCUAAUAUUCCCAGUCAAACAAAGGCAGCAGCAGAGGCGCUCACGGCGCCAGUUCGUGCACAUAUUGGCCUGAGGUCUUCAUCUACGGCUUUAACUUCCCCGGAAAGGGAGAGCAGCUUUGUUGAGAACGAGCCUACGACUGUGUCGCAGUACUUCCUGAGUGACAUCUUCACAGAAGUUGAUGAGGGAUAAAAGCUACUAUGCAUUUAUAGUUCCAUUUUUUUCUUUGAGGCUCUUGUAUCAUUUAUACAGUGGUUUAUUUAAGGUUGUAUUUUAUUUUUUUCUCAGUUCUUUUUCCAGACGUAUUUCAUAAACUUUAACAAGCACUUUGAAUGUGUACAGAUGUACUGAAAUGUGAUUUUUAAUAUUCUGUUAGUUUAUGUACAAAUGUGAAACGGUGUAAAUGUGGCCGACAAAAGUGAUGUAGACUGAACACGCGGCAGCUGACUGACGCAUCGCUAUCAGAUUUAAUACAUCAGCUGUGAAAAUGUAAAUAUUGUACAGAAGUGAGUUUUCCUCUUUUCUCCAUGUUCAGAUUUUUUCAGACAUUAGGCAGCGUCAUUGAUUUUGAGUAGAAACUUAACUCCAUAAGAGGACGUGUUUGCAUACAUAUAUUUGAUUUAUUUUUUUCUGUGUUUAUCGAAAUUUCAAAAAAAUGUCAUUCUGUAAAAUAGACCGGAUCCACUUGUUGCCGUGUGUCCUGACCUUGUACAGAUGAAAAGCGGUCAAAAUAUUAUAUUUGAUACCUUUGAACUACUUAUGUUUGCAACUUGAACAUCCAUUGUCAUUUUUUAUUUUAUUUUUUUAGGCGUGCAGAUGAUUGCAUAAUGCAACAAAUUCAGAACAACCAGAAGUCAGAAAAAUAUUAAUUGAAUGCUUUAGAUUUUAGAAUUGGUGACUUACUUGGUCUUGUUAAAGGCUACGCUUAAGAAGACCAACAACAUUGUAGCAUCCAAGUGCUUUAUGAUUUAGUAUAUGAGCAACUUUAUAUAUUUUAUAUUUAGUAUUUCAUAUUUAGUAUAUGAGCAAUUAAGUUUAAUUCAAUGAAUUAACAGAAAUAUUAAUUUCAGUUGUAGUUGCUUUCUGCUGUCAGACUCCCUCUAAUGUCACUGGAAUACUAAAUAUUUCUCUGUCUUAAAUAAAACUAUCAGCCACUUCA